UCGUGGCCACGCCCCUCGGCUUCGCUGCCUCCCCGUGCGCAGGCGCGGCGGAGGGCUCGGCCGGGCGGCGCGGUCAGCUGAGCGGGGUGUCACGUGACCGCGCGGCCCAGGGAGCGCGCCCGGCCGGGGCCGCUGCGGAGGGGGGCGGCGGCGAGGGACCAUGUCCACGCGGCGCCUGCGCAGCGAGGACUACAACGACUACAGCUCCACGGACGUCACGCCCGAGGGGAGCCCCCCCGGGGGCAUCAACGGCUUCGCGCACCCCGAAUCCUACCAGCGCUUCGGGGAGACCAACGGCACCACGUGGUACCAGACCCUGAUCCACCUCCUGAAGGGGAACAUCGGCACGGGGCUGCUGGGGCUGCCUCUGGCUCUGAAGAAUGCCGGCAUCCUGCUGGGUCCUCUGAGCCUGCUGGUGAUGGGCAUCGUGGCCGUGCACUGCAUGAGCAUCCUGGUGAAAUGCGCCCAUCACUUCUGCUACAGGUUCCAGAAGCAGUUUGUGGACUAUGGAGGAGCCGUGAUGUACGGGCUGGAGUCCACCCCCAGCGCCUGGCUGCGGACACACGCCGUUUGGGGAAGGCGCGUGGUGGGGCUCUUCCUGAUCCUCACCCAGCUGGGUUUCUGCUGCGUCUACUUCGUCUUCCUGGCGGACAACCUGAGGCAGGUCGUGUCCGCUGCCAACGACACCACCACCGACUGCAACUCGAACCGCACGGUGGCCCUGACCCCCACCAUGGACUCCCGGCUCUACAUGCUGUCCCUGCUGCCUUUCGUGGUGCUGCUGUCGUUCAUCCAGAACCUCAAGGUCCUGUCCAUCUUCUCCAUGCUGGCCAACGUGGCCAUGCUGGUCAGCCUUGUGGUCAUCUACCAGUACAUCGUCAGGGACAUUCCCGAUCCCAGCAACCUGCCCCUGGUAGCAGCCUGGAAGACCUACCCUCUGUUUUUUGGCACGGCUAUCUUUGCUUUUGAAGGCAUCGGGGUGGUGCUGCCUCUGGAAAACAAGAUGAAGAACCCGCGGCAGUUCCCGGUGAUACUCUACGUGGGGAUGACGAUCGUCACCAUCCUGUACAUCAGCCUGAGCGUGCUGGGCUACCUGCGUUUUGGGGCGAGCAUCCAGGCCAGCAUCACGCUCAACCUGCCCAACUGCUGGUUAUACCAAGCUGUCAAGCUGCUCUUCUCCUUUGGGAUUUUCUUCACGUACGCCGUGCAGUUCUACGUGCCCGCCGAGAUCAUCAUCCCUCCCCUCGUCGCCCGUGUGUCGGAGCGCUGGGGCUGGGUGGUCAACCUGCUCCUCAGGGUGGCCCUGGUUAGCGUGACCUGCGUGCUGGCCAUCCUCAUCCCGCGCCUGGACAUCGUCAUCUCCCUGGUGGGCUCCGUCAGCAGCAGCGCCCUGGCUCUCAUUCCCCCGCUGCUGGAGAUCGCCACGUACUACGUGGAGGGCAUGCACCCCCUGCUCAUCGCCAAGGACGUGGCCAUCAGCCUCAUCGGCUUUGUGGGCUUCGUGGUGGGGACGUACGAGGCGCUGGUGGAGCUGGCUACGCCCGCGGCCGUUAUCAAUGGCACCAGCGUCUCGGCGCAGUGACGGUCCCCCCGGCCCCCCUGAGUGCUCUGCUGGGGGCACGAGGGACAGGUUGCCCCUGGGGAUGCUCUCCCUUCUCCUCCUGCAAGUCCCGGUGGGUUUGGGAUGGGGCUGCCUGGCUGGGGAGGAGGGAUCUGGCCCU